AUGGACCCAACGGACCGCGCUUUCCAUGAUGCCGCGAGACCUAUCUGGUCCACGGACGGAGCGUGCAUUGUCACCGAGGCACAAAACGAUGACACCGAACCCUCGCUGAAGCGAAUUCGGAUAUUCGACCCCAUUGGUGCGCAGCUCACAGACUACUCCGUUGAGGGUCUGUCCGACCACAAAGAUGUCGUGGAUGUCCAGGUCGUGGACGGUGUGCCGGCGAUCUCGACUCGCCGCAUCCCCGAAAUUAAGGCCUUUGCCGGUUUCUGUGAGCAAGCUAACCAGCGUCGGUCAGCGUCCGCCAGCACCAUAUCACAGCAGCUGGGCUCAUACGAGCAGUCUGUAUGGGAACUUGCCAGCGUGCUAUUUGAUCCUGUCGACGAGCAUGCUUCGAACCCGGGAGACGAAGCGCGCCAGCGCAGGGCCAAUCUGGCCACGUUCUGGGCGCAACUUGUGCAGGACUCGUCUUCGGCCAAGCCCCUGGACCAGGCACAGUCAUUUGAACAAAAGGCAGUCCUCUACCUGGCGUCCCGCAAGGUCCCUGAGGCCUGCCGCGCGCUCGUGGAUGGCAAGAACUUUAAGCUGGCCACACUGGUCUCGCUGAUUGGCACAGGCGAUGCCUUCAAGAAGGACAUGCGGGAGCAGGUGGACGACUGGCAGCAGGGCGAUGCUCUCUCCGAGUUCAGCGUGCCGCUGCGGUCGAUCUACUCGCUGCUCGCUGGUAACGUGGCCGUCUGCGAGGGCAAGAAGGGCGGCGGUGUCGAGAACCGCAUGAACUCGGUGGUCGUGUCCAACUGGUUCGGCCUCGACUGGAAGCAAGCAUUCGGCCUCCGUCUCUGGUACGGCAUCGCUGCGGGCGAGGGGAUUGAGUCGGCUGUGGCCAAGUACGUUGAGGAUCUCGAGCAAGGCCGCGUGCCUGCCCCUCGGCCAUGGUACACGAAACAGCGCGACAUCACUGCUGCCUGGACCGACCCCCAGCGCGAGCUUCGCGAGGACCUGCUGUUCGGUCUCCUCAAGGUCGCUGCCGGCCUUGCCCGCCUGGAAGAUGUGCUGGAGCCCGAAAACUCACAGCCGUCGCCGUUCCGGUACCGAUUCUGCUGGCAAAUCAGCCAGGCCCUGUCGGGCGCCAAGCACAUCAGCGCAUCGGCCAAGCUGUCUUCGGAAAAGGCUGACGCACUCUCUACGUCUUACGCAUCCGAGGUCGUGUACCAAAACGACCGAUCUUCCAACAGCCCGGACGAUGGUGCCUGGGUUCAUGCCAUCUGGGUUCUGCUGCAUCUGUCUGACCGCACAGCACGGAUACACGCGGUCCAGGACGUGCUGGCGCGCCACACGGGCUCACUGUUUGUCAACAACGGCGCCCAGUCGAGCCUGUACGACAAGCUGGUGGACGACCUCAAGAUCCCGGCGCAGUGGGUGUGGCAGGCCGCCGCGCUCUACUGGCGCAACCAGCAGAACCAGCCCGUGCUGGAAGCCGAGUGUCUUCUGCGUGCGUCAGCCUUUGCGGAUGCGCACCGCAUCUUUGUCAAGGAGCUGGCGCCCAAGGCCGUUGUCGAGCGCAACUACAGCGACAUUGCGGAAAUGCUCGAGAAGCUGCAGCCUCACCGCCAGCAGAUCAAAGACUGGGCGCUGGGCGGCGAAGUGUACAGUCGGUUCCUCGACCUGCUGACGCUGCAGCGUGGAGGCACGCUCGGUGGCAGUGGUACCGGCGGCUCGGGCGGCAGUGCUGCACGACGUACGCGAGGACGCCAGCAGCAACAGGCGCGUGACGAGGCUAAGCAGGCCUCCGCGCAGCUGCUUGGUGCCGUGGAGGCGCUGGCCGCCAGCCUGCCGGCCAUGUACGACAACGCAGGCAAUGCGCUGCCGACGGAGGUGGCGGCCAUUACGGAGAUGGCAGAUGUGGUGGCGAAGGAGACGAUGGUGCUUGCCAACAAGGGCAGAAUGGACUUGACCAAGAUUUCUCGACUGCCCUUGACGGAGGACCGGCGUGUUCGGUACUCGUCCGACCUUGCGUUUGCAUACUACCGCGAAGUGACGAGUGCUCACUGA